AUGCCGCCUAAACGAAAGGGGUCCAAAAAGAAACCCAAGGCAGACAGCGGCACUAAAACAAACGGAAGAGUAAACCUGACAUCCAAUGCUUCCAGUAUUUUGAAAAAGGCAAAGCAAGCCAAUUCCUCCUUGAGUCAGUUGCUCCAAAACUCUCACCCUUUGCUGGACAACAUAGACGAGCUGAAUGAACAUACGAGGCAUUCCCAGCGGUUUGAAGAGGACGAAGGGUUUGUUUUCAAAAGAUUGAAGAAGGAUUCCGACGAUGAUGUCGAAUAUACGGAGGCCAGCAGGUCCAUGAUACUACCAUUGAAUGAAUCUCCUGUUAAGAGAAACCCCAAACAGAAGCGACGGUCUUCACUGAGUAAUAGAGGUAAAAGGGUGUCUUCCAUAGGAAACGGUUUCACUGGGACACCGCAUGAUGAUGUAGAGAUCAAGCAUUUUCAUAAGCAUUUAGACGAGUCUCUUCCUGAACCCCACAGAAUGCGCCAGUUGUUGAUAUGGACAGGGAAGCGUCUAUUGAAAAAGAAACAGACCCACAAAGACAAUACGAUUGUGAACAUAGCCAAAGUAAUCAAAGAGGAACUCAUAAGAGAUUUAAUAGAUGGAAAAUUGAAUACCAGUUGGUGGAAUCGAGUUGAUAGCGACGAAGAGGAUGAGUUUGACGUUACAACUUUUCUCCCAAACCAGCAGAAUGAAACCAACAAAAAGAACCUUGCUCUGUUACAACACAGUUUAGAACAAUUAAAAGAGGAAGAGAAAGUUUGGGAAGAAAAAUUGAGGCAAUUAACAGGAACGUUAGCUUUAAGCCCAGAUAUUUCAUCCGUUGAUGUCAGCAAUAAUGAAACUUGCAGCAAGACACAAGAAACGGUAUCCAGAUUGGAAAAGAAAGUAGAAGAAAUAGGCGAAUCUAUCGAUAUACCGCUGGAGAAAAAACUGGAUCUCUUCGCCGACUAUACUCAUAAAUUACGUUCUAUAGAGAGGACGUCCAGGAUAUACAUUGACAACAAAUCCAAUGAAAUUGCAUCACUUUUGAGCAAGAAGCAAGAGAUGAAAGAACUACCACAAGAUCUACUGAAAGCGAUAUCCAGAAUAGACCGGAGUUGA